AUGCCCACGGGGUCGCGCUAUGCCGGGAAGAUGGUCCUUGGGGGUGGCGGGGGACGCGGCAUCGGAGCCGGGAUCGUGCGAGCCUUCGGGGAGGGGGGCUACAAAACAGGUGGCUUGGUGGGGGACCCCCCUCCGCAGUGGCCUGAGGAGACCUCCGCCCAGGGCUUCUGGCCGCUGCUGGAGCUGAACCUGCCGGGGACCCCUAUUAUCAUCAUCUUCACCAUCAUCACCAUCGAUAUAACCAUCAUCAUCACUUCCAUCACCGUCAUCAUCAUCUUCACCAUCAUCAUGGCCAUCAUCACCAUCAUAGCCUCAGGCUCGCAGGGUGGUGGGUAUGUGUGUGCCAUCAACAUCUCCAGCCUGAUGGGGGCAACUGGCUAGUCCCAGGCAGUUCUCUAUGUGGCCACCACGGGGGCGCCAUCCUGUCCACCAAAAGGUUGCCAGUUCAAUUCCCGGUCCGGACAAAUGCCUGGGUUUCUGGCUAGAUCCCUGGUAGGGGGUGUGCGGGAGGCAGCAAGGCCUUGCCCUGGGUGGGAGUCAACUGGUGAGCAGCUCCCGUGGACUGAGAGCCUGGGGGGUGCAGGGGGGGAGGAAGAUGCAGUGAGCCCGAGAAGCAGUGUCUGCGGCAGACCAACCUGCUUCUCUCCUCCCUUCCCCAGGGUCUCCCCAGGAAACAUCUGGACCCCACCGUGGAAGGAGCUGGCAGCCCCAACACCUGACCCGGAAGCCACAGUCUGAGAGGGUGCAAUGGCCCAGCCCCUGGCCCCAGAAGGCAGCUUCUGCACCGGUCUGGUGACCCGGGGUGCCGCGCUGGGGUGCGGGUGCCAGGCCAGGCGGGGCUCCCCCGUGGAGGCCCCUGCCACCCCUUCCUGAUUUGCCACAUUUGCGCGUGGGCUUCCCUGCCGAGGACUCUCCCUCUCCAAACUCCGUCUCCCACGUUCAGGUUGCUGCGCGCUACCUCUGGGGUGCCACCCCCAACUCCACCAACGCGCCAAUCCACACCCCACAGGUCCCCACAAAAGCAACGGGCAGCCAGAAGGAGGGGGGCAUCGUUGCAUUUAUUUUCCGUCCUUUUUGAGUCCUGCCACACUGCCCCCCGUCCCCGCUACCCCAGCGCUGGAGCAGCCUGGACCCCAGGGACUGCAACUCCCAGCAGACCUUGCGGC